GUUGAAUUUUCCCUAUUUUAUGAAAUUUUUGCUGUAAUUGAUGAAAAUUAUCGAAUGUUUUAGUUUCUUAAGCUAUGUGUUCGGUCUUUUGCUAUAGAAUUCUUACGAUAUUUUGAUUAAGGCUUGCAGUUUAAUAUGCCAUAUCUUCAGCAAAAAACUACUUAUGUGAAACCGAUUUGUAAUCGAAAAGAUGAUCAAAAUUUUUAUAAAGUGGUGGCCGAACCUCAUGUGCAAAAUGUUUCAUGCAUGAACCGUCAAAAUGAUGACUUGCACCUCCAAAGUGAAGACUUACGCGGUCAGAAAGAAAGAAGUAUAUCUUUAGAAAAUGUUAGUGAGACCAAAGAAAGAGGGAUAAAUGCAUUUAAAUCCUUACACUCUGCAUUGUUUAGUAAAGUGGAAAAAAUGCAGAAAUGGAAAGCCUUGGUAGAAGUGGAUACAAAGCAAAAAAAUAAGAAAAUAGAGGAAUUGCAUCAUCUUAUAGAAACAUUUAGGAAAGUUAAAGUUGAACUCCAAAUGCAAAAUGAAAACUUGAGUCUACAACUCAGUAAUGAAAUGCAACAAAGAAACUUGGUUUUGCAGCAGCAUCAUUCAGCUAAGGAGUUAUUUUCUGCUUUAAAGAAGCAAUUUGAUGCUGUUCAGGUCCACUUUGAACGUCGUAAUGCCAUUGAAGAAUCAUUUAAAGCUACCGAUUCCAAAAGAUUAAAGGCCAUUGAGGAUAUGAAAAUCCAAUUUCAUGACCUAUGCAAUGAAAAUGCAGAUAAGAUAUCAUAUUUGAACAGUGCCUUGGCAUCAGAAAUGAAUAAGUCAAUGACUCUGAAAGAAAAUUUGGACCAAACCAUUACAGAAGCUGCAAGCAAGGAGGAAUCAUUAUGUGAGAUUCUUCGAGUAAGAGAGAGUGAAAUAAAGAAGCUUGUUCAUGAAAAUGAAGAUAAGAGCAUAAAACUACAGAAAUCAAUCCAUGAUAUAGAUGAACUUUGCAAGAAAAUUUCCGAACAAGAGAAAUUAAGUGAGUUCCGUUUGCAAAAGAUGAAUGAAUUUGAACAUAAGCUAAGAAUAACAGAGAAUAGUAAACUUGAUUUUGAAACUCAAUAUUUACAAGAAAAAACAAAAGUUCAAGAUCUUGAGGAAAAAUGUAAAGAACUCGAAGAAUUUGGAAAUAACAUUAAAGUUCAGUCUGAAAAUUGCGUGACUGAUUUGAAAAAAAUAAAUGUUGAAUUAGAAAGUACUGUAGAAGAUUUGAAGGAGAAAGUUGAAGAAAUAAUGAAAGAAAAUGAAAACCUUAUACUGUCCCUGAGGAAAAAGGAGGAAGAAAAAGUGAAAUUAGAAAAAGAAAUAAGUGAAAUAACUUGUGCUAAACUACAGUUAGAAGAGCAAUUCAGGGCAUCGGAAGAAAAACAAAGACAUCUUUCAGAAAAGGAGCUGGAGAAUCUCUUAAUGAAAACAAAAGAACUUCAGCAAGAACUAUCAAUUAAAACUGACGAGUUAAAAUCUCAGCAAGAAAAUAUAUCUAAGCUUCAGACGACAUUGGCAGAAAAGGAAAGCACUUUAGUAUCUUUAGAAUAUGAAAAUGUUGAAAUGAAAGAUUAUAUUUCAUCUGAGAAGAACAGCAUUAAAAUUUGCUUAGAAUGUGACACUUUAAAAAAUGAGGUUAAUAAGGAAAUAGAUGAGUUAAAACAAGCACUAGUGAAAAAAGAAGAAGAAUCAGCCCUCCAUAAGUCUAGUGCAGUUGAAGCUCUAAAAAUGCUUGCUGAAACAGAAAAAAAUUACAAUAAUGAUUGGAUGGCAAAGGAGAAAGAGGUUACUCAGCAUAAAGAUCGCAUUAGAAGUUUAGAAGAAGAGCUGCAAAUUUCAAAAAUGAAGGCUGCCACUGUUGAAAAAGUUACAACUGAAAAUGCAAAAUUGAAGGCAGAACUUGAAGACCUAUUAAAGCAAAAAGUUAGCAUUGUUGAACAAAUGACCUUAGAAAACUCAAAGUUGAAGACAGAGCUUGAAAAGUUGUUAAAGCAGAAAGAGCUUCAAGAGGAAUCUAAUAGUGAUCUAAUUGCUGCAAGUGUAAAAGCUGAAGUAGUAAAAGUGGAGCCUUGUCAUAGUGCUGCAGAAGAAACAACAACAGUGGAAGAAAAUGGAACAUUGGAGAAAGGAAGAGUUAAACCUAAGAAUAAAAGAUUAGAAAAAAUUAAAGGUGAAAAUACUUCAAGCUCAGAUGAGGAAAUUAAAAUCAUUUGUGAAAGAAUAACAAAAGCAGUCCCAAAGAAUGUGCAAAGCAAAACUAUCCCUAGGUCAAAAGUGCAUCAAGCAAAAGCAAAAGAAGUUCCAAAAACUAUUGAAAACCAAUCUAUUCCAAAGCCUAACGUGCCUCAAACAAAAGCAAAAGCAGUUUCAAACACUAUUAAAAACCAAACUAUUCCAAAGCCAAAUAUACCUCAAACAAAAGAAAAAGCAGUUCCUAAUUUUAUUCAAAAGCAAACCAUCCCAAAGUCAAAUGUGCCUCAAUGCCAUCUUGAAAAGGGCGAAAAAUUAAAUUUAUUCGCCGCUCGCCUUCAACGAAUUUUUGAUAACAUAAAAUUAGCUUAUCCAGAGUUUCCCGAGGAUUACCUGACGUUUCACCUUCUCCAAAAUUUACCUAGAUCAUAUGACAAUAUUGUCCAGAACAUUCUUACACGUCCUGCACCUGAGUUUAGAUUCGAUAAGGUUGUUAUUGAUCUGAUAGUAGAAGAGGGUCGCCAGAACCUUAAUAUGGAGAAAGAAGCCAAUACAUAUGCUUAUAUGACAAAGAUUAUCUGCCACUCGUGUGGCGAACAGGGCCACAUUAAGCGUGUAUGCCCAACCCGGAAAAAGUGUCAUCCACCACGGAACCACCAAACGACUCAACGAGGUUAUCCCCGAGAAGUCUCACCCCAGCAGAGGAGUGACAGACCCAACAGAUGGAACCGAAGUAGAAACCGAAAUCGAGGUCGCCGAUGGAAUUCCAAAGGACGGAGACGGUCAUUUUCCAACGACAGACGUGAGUACGAAUUAUAUUUUGUCUCUGAAGCUAAUUUAAGUCAUUCAGGCACAGGGCGAUCUAGGAACCUAUUUACCUUUGAUACAGCCGCCUCUCAUCAUUUUUCCUUUAGAAAGGACUGGUUCGUGAAUUUUGAGAAAGUUCGGGAUGUUCGUAUGGCGGUAGCAGUAAAGGAGAAAACCUUUCCAAUUGUCGGAAAAGGAGAUGUUAAAGUUAAUUUUGGUGAAAAAACUGUAAUUUUACAAAAUGUAUUGUACUCUCCCCAAUUACGUCGUAAUAUUUUAUCUGGUACUAAAUUUGACCAGGGAGGUGCAAAAUUUGUAGGGGGAGGAGGUUUCGUGGAGGUAUCUAGCCAAAAGGGUCCAAUUUUUAAAGCAAAACUUGAAAAUGGCAUGUAUAUUGUUGAAACUGUGGAUAAUGAAAUCUCUGAGAAUAAUCAUGUAGAUAAGAAUCCCAUUCCUGAAAAUAAUUCAGUAGAUUUGGAAACUUGGCAUAAGCGAUUUGCUCAUGUGAACGUAGAUUCUAUCAGACAAACCGGUGAUUUAAAAUCCGUUAAUGGUUUACCCAAAUUUAAAAGUAUAAAACUAAAUUGUGACAAUUGUAAAAUCGGAAAGUUCAAACGCGUUAGUUUUAAGUCUAUAGAUAAUAUUCGGUCGAAACGACCGAUUGAACUCCUUCACGCUGACGUUUGGGGACCAUAUAGUGUCAAGGGAAGGAAUGGAGAAAGAUAUUAUUUAUCCAUAAUCGAUGAUUUUUCUCGGAGAUGUUCACUUUAUCCAAUUUGUAAUAAAAGCCUAGUUCCUGAAAUUUUGAAGUACCAUAUUUUAAGAGCAGAAAACUUUAUUGGUAAAAAUGUAAAAUUUGUAAGAACAGAUAAUGGGUCUGAGUUUGUAAACAAUGAGUUUGAUGAUUUUUGUAAAGAAAAGGGCAUAAAGCACGAAUUAACUGUACCAUUUACUCCGAUGCAAAAUGGAGUAGCGGAAGUCUUUAACAGGGUGGUAGCUAACGCAACUCGCGUAAUACUUCAAGAAAGCGGAUUACCACAAAAUUUCUGGCCUGAAGCCAUGUUAUAUUUUGUCUAUACGUGGAAUCGCGUCUGCCACAAAAACCAGAAAAAGACACCUUUUGAACUGUACGGAGGCAGAAAACCUUCGGCUUGUCAUUUAAGAGCAUUUGGCACAGUUGUAUUCGUAGCUAUACAAAAGAAUUUAAGAAAUAAACUCGAUGCAAAAGCUCAAAAAGGAGUGUUGGUCGGUUAUGCUUUUAAACGAAAAGGAUAUCGUAUUUUUGUUCCUGAACUCAAUAAAAUUAUAGAAUCCAUAGACGUGUCCUUCAAAGAAAACACUUUCUACAAAGAUGAAUUCGCGAACGUAAAAGAGAAAGAAAAAGUCACCCCAAAUUGGCCUCUCACUCAAGUCGAAAGUUCUGACCUUGACGAGACGGCAGAAGAAUCUGUUUUCAGUGAGGAGGGGGAAACUAGUCAAAGCGAAUUACAAUCAGAAUCAGAAAGCGAAGUUGACGGGAAAAGUAAACCUUUAAAAAGUGUAACUUGGGUUAGAAAAGUAAGACCCAGGACAAAUAGUUCUAGGAAUGAUAUUUAUUUUUUUGAGAAAGGGAAAAAUACCAGAUUAAGAUCCAUGCAUGAUGUUCACAAAUAUUGCAAUAAACAUAAUAUCGCGUAUGAUCCAAAUAUGUUUAGUUUCGUAGGAAAGGACCUAUUUGAAGGUGAAAUUUCCGCUAAUAGACCAAAGGUAGAUUUGAAUUCUUCAUGA